AUGGUUUUAGAAGACAAUUCACUUGAACCAGACGACGAUGCAAUUGAGUUUGCCACCUACGUAGAGAGUGAUGAUGACGAUGAAGAUCCCUUCUUCAUGCCAGAGCAUACAAAGAAAUCUAGCACUCUUUCGUUCAACAAUUUGACAUGUUCCCCAGUUCAAGUUCUUCGUUUUACUGUUCCUACUGUUUGCAUCAUUAUCAUCAUUACCUACACCAUUGUUAUCGCUGUACUUACCCACAAACGUCGUCUACCUGGCCAAUCAGACACUUGA